GCGCAGGUUUACUGUAAAAUUGCGUCACGCUGACGUCACUCUGAGCACAUCCUCUUGCUUGGAUGUCGUCAGCAGUUAAAGAGCCCUGGUUAACUGCACGUUUCACGGCAAAAUGAGCAAAAUCACUUGAUUUAACUGAGUUUGGUGCCGCAGAGGACGCAAAAAAAUGAAUUAAAAUAAUUAAUAAAAUAACUGCUUUCCGAAUUUGGACAGUAUUUAUUUAUUUGUUUUGUUUAUUUAUUUUAUUUAGAUUAGCUCUUGAUGGCUCUCUUCUGUCUAAUCCAACGCAUCAGUCCUCAGAAAACACACAUACUGAGGGUCGUGAAAAUAUCUCAGCACUGUGAUUUUAUACUUUCACCUCUUCUGUCCAGCCUGCGAGCCCUAAAACAUCAUGUAAACGACAGGUCAUCCUGUAGCGCUGAAACAGGCGGACGUGCCGAUUGUUUAGCGCAAAUCAAUACAAUGUCUCGUUUAAAAUGCCGCGCCGCGCGUUUUCCGCUGUGGUCGUAACGUUUUCGGCGCUGCUCUGCGUCGGCUGAAGGCGCACUGGGUCUAAAUGAGAUCAGGCACGAGCGGACUGGCCCCAGACGGAGCCGCUACUGUCUCUUUAAAUUUACCCAGGAGCCCCUUAAGGAGCCCCAGGGGCCCCAAGCUCGGCUCCCCACCCUGAAGACAGGCAGAGGCUGAAACCCCCGCACAGGAGGCCGCCCGGACCUCACCAACAUUUGACAAAAGCUUCCUGUGAAAGACUUCGACAGGCGCGGAGAGCGACUCAGAAACUCGCGUCGACACGUAAAAGUUAGCUGAAGUUGUUGAGGCCGCCACAGCGCUGAGGGUGAGGCGAGCAGCGCGGCGCACGCCAACCUCACACACGCACACCAAUGUAGUUAAUAUGGGUGAAGGCGGCUUCCUCGUGCUUUCACAACCGUUCGCCGCCUGCUUCUGCGAGUCAGCCCGCUCGUGACAGCCUCCCUCCCGCGCAGGCGGAGCGGCGGAACGGCCGCGCUGGAUCAACGCUGAGACGGGCAUGGAGGAGGAGAAAGAGCCCAAGGAGCCGGAGCCCCAGCACACGCAGCCCCUCACACAGCCUCUCUCAUUAAUAAUAAGCGCUGUGGAAGGGGAGGCGACACCACCGGGAGAGCCCUCGGCAGGUGAAUAUGACAUGACCAAUGGACACAUUGGAGAUGAUGGUCUGGUCACUCCUGUCCGUUCUCCUGGCACAAGCUACUGGAGCAUCUCUGAAAGCCCCAACUCCCCCUUCCUCCUGUCCCCCAUCCCGGGGCCAUCUGGACAGAAAGCCACUCCGGCUAAACCUGUGCGGGCCUCACGUCCUGGCCUCAGCCGCAUUCCCGGCCGGGACCACCGCCGCUACUACCAUGAGUACUGGCGGAGCGAGUAUUUGAUGGAUUUUGAUCCAAGAAGGCAUGGUAUGAUCUGCAUGGUGUGUGGGAGUUCACUGGCUACGCUAAAACUGAGCACCAUUAAGAGGCAUAUUAGGCAGAAGCAUCCCGACUCGUUGCUGUGGAGCGCGUCCGAUAAGGAGGUGAUCCGUUCAGGCUGGGAGAGCCAUCUGAACCUGGAGAACAGCCAGAAACCUUUCUGCUCAGACCCAGCCAUCGCUACAGAACCAGAGGAGACGCUUGACUGUGCAAAGCGCUCUACAGGCAAGCCUAACAGUGCUGUGACAAGUAAGCGUCAGCCUCAGCCUAGAGUCACCAAAGCGAGUGCCUCUCCAUCAGCUUCAUCAGUCCCAGAGCCUCAGGGUCCAUCUGCACAGAUGCUGGAGCGCUACCUGAAUGACUCCCUGCAUGCCUGGUUCCGGCAGGAGUUCCUGAUGGAGUACCAGGCAGAAGCAGGUCGUCUGGUCUGCAUGGUGUGCAGCUGCCCGCUGCCCUCACUGCAUCUGGACCACAUCAAGAGCCAUGUGCUAGAGCUGCACCCAGACUCACUGGUGUACAGCGCAGAGGAAAAGCACUGCAUUCUGCAGACCUGGGCCCAAACCCAUGAAUCAGAUUCUUCAAGAGACUAUUUCAAAUCAGAGCCAGACACCAAAGCCGACAGCUCAGUACAGUUCUUCCCAGACGUGGAUCCUCUGCAGGACAGCUCUGAGCCGCAUGCAGGGGGUAAGGAUGAGCCACCAGGGGCUGCUCAAAACCCAAGCACCCUACCACACCAAUUCCCUAACAGGAGGCUGAAGAACGGGUGCCCCUGGCGUCUGCGUUUGGACUACCUGGUUGCACUCGGGCCUCCAGGCAGUCCGGGCUGCUACUGCAUGGUGUGCUCUGAGCAGCUGCCAGUAGCUAGAGUCAGCGGCUUCCGCAGGCACAUCCAGGAGCGCCACCCUGAGACCAUCAAUCUCAGCCGGAGAGAGAGACAAGAUAUAGCCAGCGCCUGGACAGGGGAUGGAGACACAGAGGAGCCAGACAUGCAGCCAGAACAAGAAGAACUUUGUCUCUCUUUGUCAUUUGGAAAAAAAGUCAUCCCUGGUGAUACCACUGCCGAACCUGCGCAUGUAAGCACACAGACAUUGUCCGUAAAACCUGCCAAGCAGAGUGCCAUCAAGACAGAGGAUGGGGACAGGAAGACCACGCCAUCUACACCACACAGACACACACACUACCCGGGUAAGGACCAGCGGCGCAACUACCAGGUGCGCUGGCGAAUGGAGUAUCUCAUGGACUAUGACUGCAGAAGACACGGGCUGAUCUGUAUGGUGUGUGGGGCCACACUGGCCACGCUUAAGGUCAGCACAAUCAAGAGACACAUUCAGCAGGUACAUCCUCGCUCUCUGGACUACAGCCCUGAAGAGAAGCAGCAGGCCCUGCAGAGUUACAACCAGACUGCCCUGCACUUUGUCCACUCCGACGACUGUUUCUCAGCCUCGGAUCAUGGCCAUGGAGCACAUGCUAAAGCUAAAGUCGAACAGACUGGCUGUUACAGCACUUAACUGAACAGUAGUGGGGUGUGGCAUGUUUAAUUUCGCUCAGGAAGUUGAUUAUUGGAACAAGCCAAAAAAAUCCACAGCUUUUUUUUUUUUUUGUAAUUUAGGGGCUGGGUGUAAGUUUUUAAAACUUACUUUGCACUUUUUUUCUCUCAAAUGAUUUCAUGGCAAAAUUCUCUAUAAAAGGUCAUUUGCAAGCAAUGACCACCAAUUAAACACAAGAGGCAGUGCAUGUCCUGCAAGCCUAAUCACCUUUAAGAUUAGUAAUUUUAAAAGUGCUUCCUGCAGAUGAAUCAACGGGCUGAAUUGAGUGAAGGUCUUUAUUUUCCUAAGCACCUUUUUAUGCAUCCUUGUUUGUAAAGUGCAGUCUUUGGCAAGACUGUUAUUGCUGCAGAUUACAGGAGUUACUGUGCUGGAGGGAUCAUUUUGCAUGGGGGAAUUGCAGUGGGUCGCACAUUCUGCACUUAAGAAAGCACUGGGUACGGGUGCCAGAGGGACCGUUCUGAAGCAUGAACAUCUAGAGUGGUUCAUGCUUUUCACAACCGUUUUAUUGUACCAUCUUAUACACUCGUAAUCAAAACACAGAAGUCUAAUGAAAUUUAUGUUGAAAUACUACCUUACAUGGUAGGGCUGCACUAUAUGGAUAAAAUACUACCAUUGCAAUUAGAGUGGUACACCAACUGGCCAUUUCAUUAAAACCACCUAUUUGUUUCUUCACUCACUGUCUAUUUUAUAAGCUCUACUUAUCAUAUAGGUGCACUGUGUAGUUCUACAAUUACAACCUGUAGUCCAUCUGUUUCUCUGCAUACUUUCUUAGCCCCUUUUCAUCCUGUUCUUUAAUGGUCAAGACCACCACAGAGGAGGCAUUAUUUGGGUUGUGGUGGCUGGUAUGAGUUCAUCAGACACAGCAGUGCUGCUAGAGUUUUUAACAUCAGUGUCACUGCUGUGGUUGAGAAUAGUCUACCAACCUGAAAGAUCCAGCCAACAGUGACCUGUGACCACUGAUGUAGGACUAGAGGAUGACCAACACAAACUAUACUGCAAAAGAUGAGCUAUUGUCUCUGACUUUACAUUUACAAGGUGGACCAACAAGGUAGGAGUGUCUAAUAGAGUGGGCAGUGAGUGAACACUGUGUUUAAAACUCCUGCAGCACUGCUGCGUCUGAUCCACUCCUAGCAGUGCAACACACAUUAACACUGAUACCUGCUCUGUGGUGGUCCUGUGGGCAUCCACACAAAAAGAGGUGAAAAGAGGCUAAAACAAAGUAUGCAGAGAAACAGAUGGACUACAGUUUGUAAUUGUAGAACAAAGUGCACCUGUGUAGUAAGUUGAGCUGAUGAAAUGGACAAUGAGCAUAGAAACAAGGUGCUUUUAAUGAAGUAGCUGGUCGGUGUAUAUUGUGAUACGCCUUGCAAUGUUUUAGAAACCCAUUUGUAAAUCAAUAAUAUGGCAUGGUAAAAGAUCAGUGUUUUUUGGAUUACAUGAAUACUUUAAUUCAUAAAACCACCCACAGAAACAUUAAUCUGGAGCUGUGAUUGGUCAGGAUGCUCACAGCACUAGGCCUGGGCGAUAUCUAAAAAUAAUUAGCACAGUAUUUUUCCCCAGUCACACACAAAUGCAUGUGGCCGCUGCAGCUUUGACCUACUUUCUGUGCUCUCUUUAGCUUUUUUUUUUUGUGUAAUCUGAUUUCAUGAAAUUCUUGAAUGGAAAUCACAUAUUAAAUAAUAUAAUAUUGAGUAACUCAACAUUGUUUGGUAAUAAACUAUUUCACCUCUCAUUUUGAAAGUUGUUACUGCAAACACAUACUGCAGUUAGAUUCUCUUGGAGUUUGUGGCAGUUUUUUUCUCUUUAAAUAAUGCACACUAAAGCAACACUAAAGCACCCCCUGCUGGAGAAACCCCAGACUGCUACACAUGAGCAGUGGAUUCCAAGGCCACACGCACAUACUUUGUAUAUAUUUCAGGUACUCUCCAUCUUUAUAGCAAAGGUGCUUUGGAGUUAGCAGCUAUAGAUACUAGAAUAGACAUUACAACAUUUGGCUUGAAGGCCAGAGCUUUACUCUUUUAGAUGACAGUUGUAAGCAGAGAAAUACAUUCGAAAAAUGUUAUUUAAAACAAAAAAAGCCAUAGGAAAUCAGUAGUUUUCAUAUUGGAUGAGUAUGUGAGCUAAAACUAUAGCUAACUUGUAGACUGGAUGCUAAUGAGGACUUGUUGCCUUACACAAGGUCUUUUCACCUCAGUGGACAAUGUGCCAACAAGUUAGUUUGUCAGAGAAAUAUAUUUCCACUGUUACUAGACUGAGCUAACAUCAGCUAGAUUAGUUAGCCUAGUUAGCUAGCAGUUAAGCUGCGCUACAUCUGCCUUCUCAGUUACUUCCUUAAUACAUCCUUGGCAACACAAUCACGUUUAAGCACUCGUGUUUCAGAGUGGUGUAUUUCUUACUAAGAAAUAGAAGCACAACUGUAUUACAAUCUUGUUCAAACAGAAGCGCUGUUCCAUUGGCUUGGUAGUUUGUAUUUUCGCAGCUGAAACGGAACAAGUGAUUUCAGUAUUCGAACACUGGCACCUAAACAGUUAACUCAGUAACAUUACCCAUGCACAUCCCUAAUAGAUACCUGUGGGGAAAACAUUAAGUAUUAUAUUUUGAUAAUUUUGUCAAACUAUGUCAACUUCGCUGAGCCAUCAGUUUGGGACAUUAAGCCAUGCGGGAAGCGCUGGAAAUUUUCCUCAGAUGUUCUCACAUUCUGGGAAGCCCACAGCAGAGACUGUGGUUAAUAUGCUGUCCUUAUCAUAAGAGCUCAUCAAUGCUCUGUGCCAUUCCACAGUCCCUAACUCCAGUAAAAGGGAGUAGAACAUUAAAUGUACAUGUUAUUUAUUAUUGGUUAGAAAGUUGUUUAAAUUAGUCCUCUUUCAGUUAUUUUUCCCCCGAAAUGGCGCGAUUUAAUCUUUGAAGCAUUGUCUUCAGGUUACUUGUCAAUAGUCACUGAUAACUCGUUACAUCGCCCAGGCCUAUACUGUAAAAAAAACAAAAAAAACAUUGGGAUUAGGCAGAGGACUCAUUUGCAUAGUGCAGCUUUCUACAGUUAACAAUGUUGCAAAGGCCAAUAUUACUGUAACAAUAAACUGUAAAUGGUGCAGCCCUAGUAUGUGGUUUCCAAGAGAUCAUUGCAAGUUGGGUAGAACAGUGUUGCUGCGUCAUAAACUGAAACAAGGGACUGGAGUCCAUGUCUCAGGGAAUGCGUGUCAUCUGGGUUUGCUUCUGUCACAGUUCAUGAUUUUAGAGGCUUGGCUGCUGACUGUAACCCACAAAACGCAGUUAAAAGGCAUUGCAGCUUGUUCAAAGAAAAACUGAAUGAACAAAGACAGCCUGUUCUUCCAAGACUCUCCUUAAUUAGUCAUUCAUACUUAAGCAAUGCAGGUUAAGGAUAUUUAAGUGGUAAGUGUGGUGCAUAGCAGUGCAAUGGAAAGUUGCGAGGUUUUCACUUAAGACCAUCAGGAAAAACACCACAGGUAAGAGCUGGAGUAAACAUCACAGAGCAAGUUUCAAAAGAUGACAUUCUGCUCAAAAGAAAAGAUCUUUCAGCCUUGAACUAACUGCAGUCCUUGAUACAUACAGUCCUUACACUGUGAACCUUCAGUAAAAUGACUACAUGGUACAUUGAAAGUCAUGGCAGGCUGCUUAUCUUGUGAUAAUAAAACCCCCAACUAAAUACAGGCAUUUCUGGCUAUUAAGUGGGAAAACAGAAGCAAAGCAAGUCUUUUUAACAUUUUUAUUAAUUUCACUUUGACAUCAUUACAGGGACCACAAUUUUUUUUUCCCCCUCUCCCUCCACUUUUUUUCUCCCCCCAAAGCUCCCAGAUUAACUUAAUUCAUGGCUAACAAACUGAACAUAGAUAUUAGUUAUCACAUCUAGUUAUCAAGAGUCCAAAGCAAAAACCAAAAGAUAAACAUGACUUCUGCAACGUUCUC